UUCAUAAGUAAAUAAUUCCGGUAAUAAAUCAAAAAAUAGAAUUUACGUCUGGUCCAGCACCAAAUUACAGUUUGUUCCGCCUCCAGAAAAACACGCAUGCGCAGAGGACUUGUAAACAAUACAGCAUGGCGUCUAGAGCGGGUAAGCGUCCUGUGGGAAGACCGCGAAUUCUUACCGACUCGGCCAAAAAGAGAGCGAAAAGUGAAAUAAAUAAAUCAUAUUUGUAUAAGACUAAGAUUUAUCUCGGAGAUCAAUACGAAAGAUGGCAAGCAAAGAAGGAAGAACUUGGAGAAACGCACGCAGGACUGGCGAAGAUUCUACUUGACAGACUUGUAACGGACAGUGAAACAGAGGAUGCAGACUCAGCUGACCAGUCACUUACAUUGCAGAAAAAAAUAUCAACGCCUAUAUUAAAGAAAAAGCUACAUCUCCUCCCCCCAGAUGUAUCAGAAAUUUCAUCAGCUCUAAGCGAGAGUACUGAUACAGAGAAGCAACAAGAAGUGGCAAAAUCUUCUGCUCCACCAGUAACCAGUCAACAGGAAUCUCCUGGCCCAAGUCACAAGAAAAGAAAACUCUUUGAUGAUAAAGAAGUUUCAUUCAUCAAUCCAUUUGAUGUAACAAUAGAUGUAACAGAAGAAAGCAGCAGUGACAUAAAUUCUGACGAAGAGUAUGAGCCAAGCUUUAAUGUGACUUUAAGACCAAACAACAUGUUUGGUUUGGAGGAAGUAAGUUUAGAGGUGCAGGAGUUUGGAGUGGAGGAAGUAGAAGGAGAUGAAGAAGGGGGUCUUCAGGAGACAAUUGAGGAGACAGGGUCUGGUGUCACAAAGAUUAAGAAUGUCGAAGAGAUGCCCAUAUUAACAAGAGACGAUACAUGCCUUGUGUAUAAGAGGUGCUUGUUAAAGUUGGCCAAUACACACAUCGACUACAAAUGCAAAGUGAAGGGUUGCAAUUCUCCUAUCUCACUGCGCACAGGGAAUAUAGGCUCAGCUCUGUAUAUUUUCUGGGAAUGCACCCAGAAACACUUGGCACACAAGUGGUGUUCUCAGCCAUUGCUGAAUAGAAGACUGCAUGGAGGGGACUUGCAGAUCGCUUCUGCAAUUCUGACCUCUGGAAACAAUUAUGCAAAAGUUAAACUUUUUGCAGAUUUCUUGAAGCUUUACUUCCCUAGUAUUUCAAAGUUCUCAGCUAUCCAGAGAACAUACUUGAUACCAACCAUCAAUACAUUCUGGAGAGAAGAACAACUGGGCACAGUAGAGAGUUUGCAGGGACAAGAAAUUAUUGCACUUGGUAUGUGA